GCUGCGGUCCCUGCGGCCGCCCUAGCUCCGGGGGCGCCCCGGAAGCCUCCCUUGGCCCAGCCCUCUGGCAGUCUCCAGGCCAGGCAGAUCACAACAGUAACCAACUACAGCCUCAAGAAGUGGUGAGGCCCACGCCCUGGGAGGCCCAGACACCAGGGCCUUGGCAAAACUGGCAACGGAAACAAAGACUUGAGCUACUCCCCCGCAUCGCGCGGCCUGUGGUCCGAGGGGCACCCAGACCCUGAGAACGUCCGUAGAUCUGGGAAGAACGUAGAUCAGAGGACUCCGCUCACCCUUUCUGUGGUUCUUCCUUUAGGACCGGCCGCCCAAGAAUCGGUUUGCAGCGCGCAUCUGAAGUCAAAGGACCAGACUCCCGCCCGCCUCCGCCGCCUGCGGCCCACCUCCUCGCCCAGGGCUUAGGUGGGCGUCCCAGGACCAGGGUCUGCCUUGGGCCCCGGGAACUGUGAGACCUCCAACACCGGACGCGCAUUUGUCUCCUCCGGGCCCCACCACCCGGAAACCAUCAAACUUUUUAAAAAACAAGAGCCUAGAGUCUUUUGCUCAAGACUGGAUGUGACCUUUUGGUGUGUGGACUACGCUGGGCUCUUUUGUUUGUUUGUUUGUUUUGUUUUUUGAGGGAUUUUUUUCCCACCUUGAUUUUCCUUGGCUUUGUCAGUCCUUCGGCCGCCCGUAUUUUCUCUGUCUGCACUGAGGCUUGGCCUGCGGGCUAGAAGGCGACCGCGAAGGGACCAUGUAUCAGAGCCUGGCGAUGGCCGCCAACCACGGCCCGCCUCCCGGGGCCUACGAGACCAGCGGGCCGGGCGCCUUCAUGCACAGCGCGGGCGCCGCGUCCUCGCCUGUCUAUGUGCCCACGCCGCGCGUGCCCUCGUCCGUGCUGGGCCUGUCCUACCUCCAGGGCGGAGCUGGCGGCUCCACGUCCGGCGCCGGCUCGGGAGGCACUUCGGGGACUGCCCCGUCGGGGGCCGGGCCGGGGACCCAGCAGAGCAGCCCCGGCUGGAGCCAGGCCGGAGCCGAGGGGACCGCCUACACCCCACCCGUGUCGCCGCGCUUCUCCUUCCCGGGGACCACCGGGUCCCUGGCAGCGGCCGCCGCCGCCGCCGCCGCCCGGGAGGCCGCCGCCUACAGCAGUGGCAGCGGGGCCGCCGGCGCGGGCCUGGCGGGCCGCGAGCAGUACGGGCGCGCUGGCUUCGCGGGCUCCUACUCCAGCCCCUAUCCCGCCUACAUGGCCGACGUGGGGGCGUCCUGGGCCGCGGCCGCCGCCGCCUCCGCCGGCCCCUUCGACAGCCCGGUCCUGCACAGCCUGUCGGGCAGAGCCAACCCGGCCGCCCGCCACCCCAACCUGGAUAUGUUUGAUGAUUUCUCAGAAGGCAGAGAAUGCGUCAACUGUGGGGCCAUGUCCACCCCACUGUGGAGGCGGGACGGGACAGGCCACUACCUGUGCAACGCCUGUGGCCUCUACCACAAGAUGAAUGGCAUCAACCGGCCCCUCAUUAAGCCCCAGCGCCGCCUGUCAGCCUCCCGCCGCGUGGGCCUCUCCUGUGCCAACUGCCAGACCACCACCACCACCCUGUGGCGCCGCAACGCUGAGGGCGAACCCGUGUGCAACGCCUGCGGCCUCUACAUGAAGCUCCACGGGGUCCCCAGACCUCUCGCGAUGCGGAAAGAAGGAAUCCAGACCAGAAAACGGAAGCCCAAGAACCUUAACAAAACUAAGACGGCAGCAGGUCCUUCUGCCAGUGAGGGCCUUCCUUCCACCAGCAGUACCUCCAGCAACUCCAACAAUGCAACCACCAGCAGCAGCGAGGAGAUGCGCCCCAUCAAGACGGAGCCUGGGCUGUCCUCUCACUAUGGGCACACCAGCCCCAUGUCCCAGACGUUCUCGGUCAGUGCAAUGUCUGGCAACGGGCCCUCCAUCCACCCGGUCCUCUCGGCUCUGAAGAUCUCCCCACAAGGCUACGCCUCUUCUGUUAGCCAGUCGCCACAGGCCAGCUCCAAGCAGGACUCCUGGAACAGCCUGGUCUUGGCUGACAGUCACGGGGACAUCAUCACUGCCUAAUCCCACCUCCUUCCCUCCUCAAAUUCCUGCACAGUCUUGGGACUUGGAGGUCAGCAGAGAGGGAGGCUCCGGCUGUCCAUGGCCGGCCGCCCCUCUGGCUGGGAAUGACUCCAGAAGAACAGUUGGGAAGAAACUUGAAGUCUGUGAUUUGGUGAGGGGCAGCGUUCCCUUUGUCAGAUGCCUCCAUGAGGAGGGGACCUGGGAAGAGCCCAGACUGACACAGAAGAGCCACUGUCCUUCACCAAGAGCACAGGAAGUCGCCUCUGCGUAGUUAGAGACUUUUCUUUCCCUCCUCCCUUCUGCUCCGCCCCCACUGUGGCCUCAGAGCUCUGCUGUAGGAGACUGGAACCGCCCCACGGGGUCUCCCAGGCUAGUAUCUCCAGAAGUGGGUCACCAGGUCUUUUCUUCCUCAGUGCCACAAGUGGAUGCCAACUCCUAUUCUUCCAACUCUCGGCUGAGUGCCGCCAGGGAUCCUGGUGGUCUAAGACAGUGGCUUUACAAUCCUGCUCUGGAUUCCAGGGAGCUGAGUGGCAGCAAAGGGGGCAGGGCCCUGGGAACCCCGCUCUGGCCCAAACUGGAGCAUCUGUUCUCUGUGUGUCUUGGAUGCUACAGAGCACCGUGGGGGCAGCCCCUGCCCUUGCCCACACUCCCCUUGAGGCUUAGCAUGUCCUCGCAUCCCCAGGACCAGAUCCGACUCCAGACAUACUGGGAGUGAGGUCGAUGUUACUGAAUGUUUCAGGGAGGGAGAUGGGGACUUCACCCCCACCACACGGUAUAGCUUCAUCGAAAUUGCACCCUAGUGACCAGGCCUCCCCAGAAGCCCUUCCCCUGCUCACAGCCUCCUCCUCUUGCUCCUUCAUUCCACUUCCAAGGCCUCUUAAAAUGCAAACCCUUCCUACUGCCCUGAGUGAUUGAGCUCUGCUUCCAGUGGGUGCCCGUCUCUCCUGCCCGUUCCGUAGUUAGCCUAACAGCCGCCACCCAACAGCCUCCAUUUGCCCCGUCCCACACAGAGGAGUUCCAGGGAAGAACAACAUGUUCUGCUGCUAGCACCCAUUUGACAGACACUCAUGUUCCGUGGACACGGUCCCCUGGCUGGGCCAGGGCUCUCAGUGGACCUGCCACUUGCCCUCUGCAGAUGGAUGUACUUCACGGUCAGACAGAAAGCACAGAGUACCUGGACCCUGCCUCUAUGUCCCAGUGGAAGGGAGCCUUUUGUCCAGAAGGAGAAGCACCUGAGAGAUUUCACAAUGUAAAUUAAAACAAGCAAACCAGAACUCGCAAAGGAAGGAGAUGACCCUGCCGGUCGGGCCUUGACGGAGCCUCCAGCUCUGCGCUGUCCCGGAGCUCGGCCUGUUUCUCUCCUCGAGGCUCCGAGUGCGCCAUCGGUUCCCGGGAUGCAUGAAGACUCCCUCCUUGUCCUUGUCAUCAACAGAGCUCGCUGACUGUGGCCUUGCCAAGCCCUACCCCGAAGCCCCUUGCCCCCCACCCAAAAACCCUACUGGCUGUAGCAGAGAAGAUCUUUAAGACGUGAAUCUGUUGUAAUCAUCAUUUACAUUCUUUUCUUCCAUGAAGGCCACCCUAAUAUAUCUACCCUGACCCACAAACCUGUUAACCUGGUCUUAAGGUGGAAUGGCUGUAAAAUCAGUAUUUAACUAAUAAAUUUAUCUGUACUCCUUC